AAGAAAUAACCAACCAUUUAACAAAGGUAAAAUUGUGCUUUUGAGCCAUAAACAAUUUAGAGAUGCUUCAUCUAGGACAUGUGAGGUGCAUGUUUUCCAGGCGUGUUGUUGUGCCACUGAACAGUGGCUUGGGGACUGCCAGUCAUGAGGUGUCUGACCAGCUGGACAUGUCACAGCCAAUCUAUUCGGAUCGCCCGGACACGCCUCUGCCAGACAGACCGUGGAAGGAUGUCCUUGAUGCUACAGAUAAGAGCUUGAAACAGAAGGAAAAGGGGCCCUGGAGUGCACUGUCCAAGGAGGAGAAAAUUGCUUUGUACAGGCUGAAGUUCAACCACACCUAUCCUGAGAUGAAGAGGCCCUCCCAGGAGUGGAAGACUGUCAUUGGUGGAAUGUUCUUUGUCUUUGGCUUUACUGGUCUGGUGGUCUUUUGGCAGGGCCUCUAUGUUUAUCCACCCCAACCUCCAACCUUUGGAGAGGACUGGCAGGCAAAGCAGGUCCAAAGGAUGCUGGACAUGCGGAUCAACCCAAUUGAGGGAUUUUCUGCAAAGUGGGACUACGAGAAAAAACAAUGGAAGUAAAGAAACAGACGGACCACUGUGUUGAAAGUGAACCUUGAACCUGUUUAGCAAACUGUCCAUCCGAAUCUAUCCUUUUGCUGUUUAAUAAAUGAAUAAAACUGGAUUGCUU